CCAAGGCGCAUCAGCGUGCAGCCUCCUUUGUUCUCUCCCCUUUCUCUGCCCUCCCUCCCUGGGCCUUUCUGCUCCCUGCUUCCCUCCACGCAGGGUAGUCCUACAAAUAGAGGAGGCCGGGCCCCUUCCUCUCCAGAACCUCGGGCUCUGCGUUUAAGGAGAAACUAGGGCGUGUGUACGGGGUCGCUUCUUCCUCUUUGCCCCACACAGCCCGGCCAAUGAAGCAGAGAAAGGAUUCCCCAGAUGGAAAACUUCGGCUGUGCCUACAAACAGGUUCCUGUGACCCAAAGCCAAUGGCGCGGUUUCCCUGCGUGCCCUUCCCCCACCUCUAAAAUGGGAGAGCAUCAGUGGGAGACGGUGCUUCCCAGGUGCUUCCUGGGAGACGGUGAGGAGGCCAGUGGCUGGGGUUCCGCAGGUGUUCUGUGAGGGGUGUCUGCUCAGGGCCCCCCUCCUUGAAAGCUCAAACCUGAAUAUCUUUGAAAUUCUAUGUAUGAAAAAGGCCUUAGGAAAUGACGUUUUAAUGAGUAUACUGGGGUGUCUAUAUUGCUAAAAACUGCACUGACUGGCCUAAGGGAGGUUAAGAGACCUUUUUUUGACUUCUGUGCUGUCCCCUGGCAUUUUUAAAUGUGGCUCCAGAUCGGCCUGGGCACCACACCACAGAGCUCACCAAAGCAGGCCAUCUAGUUCUUCCCCCAAGAGGGACGACAGCUGCCCACAGCAAGAAUCCUGCCAGUUACAGAGGUUAGAACCGGCAACUGAGGACAAUAAUCACAGCAACCAAAAGGCCUCGCAUCUGCAGGGCCCCGGAGAAUGCCCGGGUUCCUUCACAGAAAGGGGGCUCCUCCCCUUGCUGCAGCCAGUUUCCAGGCCUCUGCCAGCAGCACCUGUGCCGCCCCCAAGGUCCCGGGACCCACCCCAUGCUGAGGCUUUGCUGUCGGAGCUCAUCCACAGCCUGGCUCUUGGGUGCCUCUCCACAGCAGGAGGGGAGGUUAGGUGAAAAAUGCAAACCAGAAACUGGAUGUGCAGCCGGUCUCCUGUGGACCAUCUGUCCAGGCACAGCCGUCUGUGGCAGUGCCCCCCUCCUCCUGUGCCAGGAGUUGUGCGAGGCUACCCACCCCGUGGCUGAGGCGGACCUGCAAACAAGCGCCAACAGGGCAGGAAGGAAAGGGCAGGAGACUGUGGAGGGAAAAGGACACUCCUUCCAGAGGAGCUUGCCCAUUGUUACAUAGGAGGUGACUUGGAGUUGGGGUUCUAGAGAAUGAACAGACUUUGAAGUCUUUUAGGAAAUUCGAAAGCCAGCUGGGGCCCCAAAAAAGAAAUCUCACCCUGGAAGAGUUGGCGGAAAUGUGGGCCGCGUCCUCCAGAAAAGCAAGCAGGACUGUGAAUAUACUGAAGUACAGAAGCAAGAGGAGACAGAAGGGAGGUCAGGGGGUGGCAGGGCCAGGAGACCGAUGCCUGUAGUCCCCACGCUAACUAGAGACGCUCCGUGAUGGGCCAUGCCUGGCCUUCUCCCCAGCUGAUGGCUACUUACUCGUGGAACCCUGUGGAACCCUGUGCCAGCCUCAGCGUGGCCCUGCACGAGGACAGGAAAUGCGUGAGCCCCACAGGGAGUGUGCUGAAUAGCUGCACUGUUCUAAAACCAACCUGCUCUCCAGGACCUUAUGGCAAGAACUCAGACGUCUAUCUACCAAAGAUCGAGGCUUCGCUUGCACUGUAAGAGGGGUGAAGCCCUGCCCUCCCGUCUCCGCUUUUGUAGUUGGACUGAAACAUACGGUUAAGUAGAGCCUUGGCAGCCGAGAGUCCUCAACCUCACGCUUGCUGGCCUUCUCCUGGGAUCUUAAGGGUUUACCCAACCUCUUCACUUCCAGCUGGGUGGCUCAAAAUCGUUUCGUCUACGAACAUCUGCCUCUGUUCUUCCCGUCUCGUCCAAGCUAGGAAGUGCUGGUUCAGUAACAAGAGUUUGGUCAGUUUUUUGUUAUUUGAUCACUCCCAGCUCCAAAGAUCCUUGCCCUUUUUGACUGAUGCCUUUACCUUUUUAGAAGACAUGGAUGCUUAAGCAGCACACCCCAGGUCCUGAACUUCCUUCCCAGCUCCAGAUCCACUGAAGCCACACCACCACCACCAUCACCCCAGCAUAUUCCCCCCACCGCCCCCCACAGUUGUGCUAAGCUUCAGCUUUAUGUUGGUUCCCAGCUUCGAGCCAUGCUCCUGGAGCUCAGCCCUAUGUGUGCACUCUGUGCCCCGGGAGUUACACCAGACCAUGUUCACAGACACAGUCUGGAAGGCAAUAAACACUAUCACACUCUUCAGUCAGGCUAGAAUGUUCUGAACUGACAACAAGUAGAGCUCCUCAGCCCUAACCAAAUCCGUCUGCGCAACCGACUUUCUACAGUGUUGCAGGGAUUACGCGAGGCACUGUGGAGAGAUUCAGCCUAACAAAUGUGCCUACAACCCACUCAUUCCCAGAUUUUGUCUUGCUCCUGAGGUUUCUUUCCUUAGGAGGGGCUCACUGCCUCAGAGGGAUCCCUCUUUGAACAGGCCAUGGGGCCAACAUGGGAUAACAGAUCCAGCAAGGUCACCUGUUCUCUGUCCUAACACCUGAGAACUUGCAGGCUCCCAGCACCAUCCUGGGCUCUGCAACAUGAGUAGACAAGCCUUCUGCCUGGAUUCCUGAGGAUUCCAGUCUUCGUAUUCACAUUCUAUAGGACUAGCUGUUAUUAUUGAAAAAUCUCUGACUUGGACUCAGUUCAUUCCCUGACAUUUUUGAUUUAGACUUGGAAUCGAACAGACCUCGUGUGGAAUCCCAAAUAGGAUGGUAAAGCAACUGCCCACUGCUUGCUGAGGGGUCUCAUUGGCUCAAUGCUGCCCCAGCAUGUCUGCUGAAAACAAUCCAUCAUCAAGAGAAACAUCCCCUCCCUAUGAACCUUCAACAUCCCAAUAUUCCACACAGACCUUAUCUUCAGAGGAAGAAGAUAAAGAGGAAGACGAGAAUUCAGAGAGAAAAUCUCUCUCUCCUGAAGACAAUGAGUACCUGGAAGACGGUGAGUAUCUGGAAGAGGAAAUCCUUCUAGAGGAAGACGAGUACCUGGAAGAGGAAAAGUUUCUGGAAGGGAACACAUAUCUGUAUGAAUCAGAGUAUCUGAAGGAGAGAAAGCAUCUACAAGAGAAAAAGUUUCUGGAAGAAAACGAGUUUCUGCUUGAAAAGUAUCUAGAAGAUGAAUUCAAGAGUAUGUCUUCAUACCAAACUUUGCCUCAUCUUACCACAAGGAGCAUAGUGACUGGCCCCUCUAAGGGGACUACCCUCUCUGCAGUCCCUCCUUCCACCUCUGAACUUCCCUAUGAGUCUCUGUACAGUGACUCAACACCUUCUACCUCAUACGUACAGCGAGAUGGAGAACUUCUGGCCUGGCAAAACCAGAGCACACAGACGGAAUGGAUCUAUGAGACACCUACAAAAUCAAGACUGAAAGCACAAGAAAUCUCAAGAAUCUCUCUAUCUUCUUUAAAGUCAGGUUCAGAAGUGUACGUUAUCCCUGACACAUCUCACGAGGAAGAAAAUGUCUUGGAUUUUGUUACUAAAGAGAGCUUUUGGGACGAUUUAUUAAAUGAGCCCACUGACUCACUGGAAGCUGAGGGCUUAGAUGACAAGCUUUUCAGCAGUUCUUAUCAGGCAGUGUUUAGGACGAUGCUCAAAGAAAUGGCUGCUCGCAAAGAACUGGAAGAGGAUAUUGAUGUCCCCCUGACCGGGAUUCUGGAGAGUGAAACCAGAAGGAAACUAGGAAUUCUGUUGAAGAAAAAUUUUGGAAACUACAGGGAAACGAUCCUCUGGAUUAUGAAGAAACGUGAACACUUACUCAAUGCCAGAGCCACAAAUACGUCCACUUUCACAUUUCAAUUAUGGAAUCAACCCCCACAAAUCAGGGCAGCCGUGACUGAAGUAAAAAAAAGUCAUCCUGUUGUUGUUCGUCCUAAGAAGAAAGUUGAAAUAGAUACAGAAUGGAUACAGAGCACGAUUAAGGUGCAUGCCCAUGAUGGAAAAUUAAUUCUCUAUCCCAGUGAGACUGUCUUCCAAGUUCUCCUUCCUGAUGGAUCAGGCCAGAUACAGUAUCCACUGAAGCCCAGGAACAUUCACACUGACUCAUAUGGCACCUCAAAAGUCUGUGGUUCAGGGCUGGGGCGUGGGUUUUCCCAAGGCCCGCAUCCUCUAUGGGGCUGCUUGUGCCUUAACUGUCUUCCAGCUACCCGUCAGGAAGGCUGGCUAUGCUCAUCCUCAGCACAAAAGAUAGAGAGUACACAUACAUCAUUCUGGAAGACAGUGAAGAAAGAUGUGUCCGGGCCCUUACCAACAACUGUGGCCAUGCCACCUUCUAUGAUGAAAAUGGAGAAAUCUGGCAAACACCAGAAGGCCUGGAACUGGUGGAAUCUAACUCUUCAUGUCCACGCACCUCCUGUCCAGUCCAUCUCCUUGAAAAUCAACCAGUACAUCAAAGUACAAAUAAGGAGCCAGGAUAAGAUCGCCUUCUGCUUCCGACACCAAAAGAAACACGUGUGCUUAAACCUGGGCACCAAGUACAAGUUCAUAAUGCCAGAGGUGCUGAGUGCAAUGAGGCAGAAAGCCAUCCUGGAGGUAGAAUGUGGUUCAACUGCUCGGAAGAUACAGGUCCUCCUGGGGAAAAUGAGUAGGAUCCUCAACUUCCUGACCAUCCCUGAUUUGGAAAAAUUGAUAGAGGACGCCCAGAUUGUGCCAGUACAGCGCCUGGAACUGAAAAACAACCCUCACCUCCCAGAGUAAAGCAGUCACCAAACUGGGCUUCUCCAGCAACCGCUGAACCUCUCAGGAAACAGGAGCACCAAGGAAAACCCCAAAGCCCUAUUUAUAUCUUUUGAGUAUUGAUUUGUAAUUUGGACCUAUCACAGCUCCUUGGUUUGAGAAAACAAUCUGUGGCUGGCCGCAGAAAAAAACAUAAUCAGCCCUGACCUGAGAGCUCCGGAAGUAAGCCGCUUCAGGAGGCAGCAAUACAUGUCAACACCUGU